AUGUCUUCUUCUCCGGAUCCAUUGACCUUCGUGACGUCGAGCUCGCCUUCCAAGAGCGCAGCCACCCGCCGUUCGGCCAAACGGGCAGCCCAGCCUUUGGCAAAGCUGUCCUCCAACGUCAAACGAUCCGACCCUUUUCUCGAGCUUCCGGAUAUCGCAAAUCUCUCGCCCUCCAAGUCCAUCACCAUGACCACCCCCAAAGCUGCCGGCUCGUCGCCCUGGCACAUCAAGGUGACCGUCGAGGCCCAGCCGCAGGAUGGCUUCUCGCAGGACGAGAAUAGUCUGACCUCGCCCACCGGCGCUCGCCAAGCUCGCAUUGCUACCACUACCACUACCGUUCCGUUGAACGAUGUAGAUGGCUCGUCGCCGGUCAAAAGACGGGGAAGGCCGAGGAAAGCGGACACGCCGCCCGCGGCACACAGGGUGGAUGCUGAGGUCUCUCCGAUAAAGAAGCGGGGAAGACCGAGGAAGUCGGACGCAGCCAUCGCCAGCCAAACGGCUACCGUUCCGCUCAAUGACGCCCGUGGCUCGUCGCCAGUCAGGAGGAAAGGCAGAGCGACAAAGGCUGAACCCACUCCAGUCCCUGGCAGAGCUAGGAACGGUACACCCGUGAGGAAGACUAGAAAAUCGGUCACUAGGAGUCCCGAUCAGAGCGAGACCGACUCGUCGCAUAGCGAUGCUUCAUACUACCCCACCAAGCGCGGUGGCGCCCGUGGGGGAAGGAGCAUGUCCAAGGAUGUCCACGUCGCCGAGCCCAUUCGCGCUACUGCCAUGUAUGGACCGAGGUCGCCCUAUCAGUUGGAUGGUGCGAUGGACACCGGCUCCUCCGUGGGGCAAAAACGGCGAUCGACGGCAGCUGGCUCUCAGCUCGAGGCUCAACCCGAUGCGAUUGAGGAGGAAGAAGCUGAAGACCUUGAACAGACACCAAAGGCAAGUUCGUCGAAAAAGGCUACCACCGAUGAGGAAAUGUGGCGAUCCAUGAUUAGCCACCAUGAAUACGAAAGCGAGCAAACGGCCGAGGAAGAGGACGACUCGUCCGACAAUGAUCUCGACAUUGUUAUGCCUGACCACACCGUCGGCGAGACCACGAUGCUUCACAGUGAAGAAUUUAGCAUGGUCUCCUUGUACUCUUUGCCCAGUAUGCAGGCUGCGCGCAAUGGCCUGUCGCCUAAAGAUGCCCAACCAAAUAUUCCUAAGAUUCCCUCUCUUCGAACAGAUCCGAUCCCGCAGGUCCGCAGAGAACGCCUCAGCAGACACGCCGUUACGUCCUCUGUCCCCGAAUUCAAUGACUCGGUCGCUUCCGUUUCGUACAUGCCAUCCUCGCCGCCGGAGCGAUUUAUCACGAGCACUCCUGCUGAAAACCAGAGUCUAAAGUCUCCGUCAGGGCCACCGGCUAUUCAACAGGCGGAGAUCUCACCGUCAAAGGCAGAGGCCCCUAAGCUGGUAAAUGUUGUCAAGGCCGCUAUUGCACUUCAAGGCGUUGUUAACGGUAAUAAUCGGGGUACACAGAAUAGGAGACCGUCGGACGAUAUCAGAGAAGAAGCACAGCGUGCCAGACUCGACGACAUGUUCAAUCAGUUCCAAGCUGGAACAAGGAGAGAGCUGCAGGCCGGCUUGCGUCUUGGUGAACAACUCGCCGAGCGUGCCCGCUCGCGAAAUACAUCCUGCGAGACCGCUUCUGAUGAACCAGAGCGGAAUGCGAAUGCUGAGCGGCUAGCAACGCCGGCCAGUACUGCCGCUUCAGAUGGCGAUGUCUUCGAUGGUCCAAGCACCAACAGAAGCCCGAACCAUGACUCGAGCAACCACCGCCUCCCCACACCGGACGAAAACGAUUACGCCCUCCCAUCUCCGCCGCCACCUCCAUCUCAACUCCUGACUCAGCAACCGGAUCCCGCUGUUGCCCCCGCUCCAGCUCAGCUCUUCAGCCCAGCUCGGAGCCAGGCAAGCCCGGAUGCAGGGGACAUGCAAGAUGAUGGUGCGAGAACCCCGCCAUCUAUCGGGAAAGAGAAAGGAGAAAAAUCUACAAGCCAUCAAGGCAGCGGACCACACCAAAAAACCCGCGAAGGUAAUGGAAACCGUCGACAACGGCGCCGCCAGGGGGCUGCCCAGAUGGCAGAUGAACCCAGCCCAAGCCAGGUGAUCGAGAUUAGUUCCGAUGGUAGUGAAAGUACCGACACCACUACGGAAUCAUCCGAGAAUCCCUGGGAUGGCGAUAUCUGGGAGGAAGAGGGGGGCGGCGCUCCCGAAUCGCGAUUCGCGAGGCGCGCGAGACGCGUUGCCGCGAAACGCUCUGGAGAGAAGACAGGCGAUGUCGCUGGCCCAUCCAACCCCCGCAGCGGCAAUGCGAGCAGAUCUUCUCAACCCCAGUCUUCGUCACCACCUUCAGAUAGUACCCAAGCACCGGACGCUUCAAGUGCUGCCUCCAGGACCCGAAAUACUGCAGGCCGCCGGUCUGCUCGGGCGCAGAGAUCGAGCAGGCAGGAGUCUAUUGAACCUACGACAACUUCGGAAGCUGCGGUUGAAGUCGAGAGCACAGAGGACACUGGUCUAUUCUGGCAGCGUUCAUCCGAAUCACCAGCACCAAGGCCCACCCAACCCGAAAGCAAGAAGCUGGAUCUAUCUAUGUUAAUGGCUAUAGACGACAGUCCGGCCAAGGAAGUCAAGGAACCAGUGCUGGCCACACCACCCAAACUUGAGCCUUUGAGAUUACCCUACAACAUUGGCACCGCCGCUCAAAACUCUCCGGUUCGAGGAAGCCCGCUGAAGCAGCAGGUCAUAUUCUCUUCACCAUCUGCAGUCAACAGCAGCCCGUAUCAGAGGAUUGAGCACACCAUUGCCAGCUCAGUACUGAACGAUGGCGAUACCAUGAUGAUUGACGAGGAAGACAUGACGUUGGAGACUAGGCAAUGGGCGCAGGCACUCGGCAAUCGCGCUUUCAACGGCCGACAACGCGUUAUUCCUCCCAGCCCUGCUGUCUUUGCAGAAGAAGAUCGGAUGGUUCAGCGUCAAAUAGAGAAUGAGCUCACACCACGCAGUGCCCGCAUCAAAAACCUCAAUUUGUCGGGCGACGGAAAACGUCUGUUUGCGAACAAUGACUCCGCCGUACAGUCUGAGACCUCGGUCCAGGAAGAGCAGUCAUAUCUCGUGCAGAAGCAAUCCGAGCAGUCGGCUAAGAGAUCUUCGCGUCUCAGUAGUCAUUCUGCUCAGCGCUCAUCCCAUGCAGGCCAGAACACCGUGGCCGAAGACACCCACAUGGAGAGGGAGCAGCCGGCCGAGCCUUCGAUUCUUGGAAACCGCUCCCAUAUGACGGCCCUCAAUCUCAACAGAGAGCGCAAGCCGUUGUUCGAGCAGAGGACGAUUCUAGAACAGAAGCAGCGUGCGCCUCUCUUCGACCAAAAGCCGUUGUUCCAGUCUGCCGAUAUCGUUCCUGCUUCUGCCCCUAAGACAGCACCCCAAGAAGUGGCUCAGUCUGCAGGUCAACCCUCAACAGGCUUGUUCGGACGCCUAUGGGGAGCUAUCGCUACAACCAGCGAGCCCGAAGUUCCGCAGUUGCCCCCGCAGUUGCCUCUUCACCCUCUCGCACAACGCUACAAGCACCUUCCGCGGGUCGCACCGUGGACCAAGUCUCAUUGGGACAGCCUUGACCGGAUCUACCAGCGUUACAAGCGACACCCAGACGAGUUUUCUCCUCACGACCCCCUUCACAAGGCUCUCCUCGCGCAGAGACUCCGGUGGCAGCCCGACAGCUCGGAGACCAAGCCCGCCUCGGAUUAUGCGGGAGUGGAAAUGCAGCGGUGGAACUACACGGUCAGAAUCACGCCCGAGCUCCUCGUCUGCUGCACCAUCUUCAUGCAGCUCCUGACGCUCAGGGACGCGGCCGAGUACCGUCGCGUCACCGGCCAAGACAUUGUGCACGGCAACUUCAUGCAGAAGGACAAGGCCGGCGAUCCGAUCACGCUGAGGGACGUGAUUGCGCGCAUGUUCGCUGCCGUGGGCGGGGAGAGGAUCCGCGCGGAUGAGAAGAGGGGUGUCCGUAUCAGGAGGGAUUUGGAUCAGUUCAAGUUGAGGUAUCCGUGGGCGCCUGGUUGGUGGGACGAUAUGGGGAAGUAUGUGCAUGAUUGA